UUCCCCCCACUGAGGAAAACCCAUGUGUUUGUUUCUAACAUUCUAAUUCCAAUCCCUUUCUCCAGCGUCCUUCUUCCUCGAUUCUCUCAACCAUAUCUCUGAUUCAAUUUUUUGUGCAGAGAGAAAAAGGGAAGUACCAACCAAAACCAUUAGCAGUAUAGUGAGGAGAGAGAGCAGAACUUCUCACCAUGUUUCAUCCACUGCUCAUACUCUGUUUUCUCCCAUCUCUUUUGGCUCUCUUCCUCUUCCUGAUUCUGCUUCGGAGGAAGAGAAAUGUCGUCGAUCUUCCUCCCGGGAACAUGGGAUGGCCGUUUCUCGGUGAGACCGUCGGGUAUCUCCGCCCAUACUCCGCCACCACCAUCGGAGAUUUCAUGAAGAAUCAUAUCACCAGAUAUGGUAAAGUGUAUAAGUCGAACCUGUUCGGAGAGCCGACGGUGGUGUCGGCCGAUGCUGGACUGAACCGGUACAUACUGCAGAACGAAGGACGGCUGUUUGAAUGUAGCUACCCGAGGAGCAUCGGCGGGAUCCUUGGGAAAUGGUCGAUGCUGGUUACGGUCGGCGACAUGCACCGGGAUAUGAGAAUGAUAUCGCUCAACUUUCUGAGCCAGAGUAGGCUUAAGACUCAUCUCUUGAAGGAGGUUGAGAACCAGACUCUGCUCGUCCUUCGUUCUUGGAAAGAUUCCUCAACGUUUUUGGCGCAGGACGAAGCCAAAAGGUUCACUUUCAAUUUGAUGGCGAAACACAUCAUGAGUUUGGAUCCGUGGAAGUUGGAGACGGAGAUGUUGAAGAAGGAGUAUGUUACUUUCAUGAAAGGAGUGAUUUCUCCGCCACUGAAUCUACCAGGAACGCCGUACAGAAGAGCUUUGAAGUCUCGGUCGACGAUCUUGAAGUUCAUCGAGCGGAAAAUGGAGGAACGGAGGUUGAAAAUAGAAGCCGAUGGCGGAGAGUUCGAGGAAGACGAUCUACUCGGCUGGGCAUUGAAUCACUCAAAUCUCUCGACGGAGCAAAUCCUCGACUUGAUUCUUAGCCUACUCUUUGCCGGCCACGAGACAUCGUCGGUCUCCAUAGCUUUAGCCAUCUUCUUCCUCUCCGGCAGCCGAGCCACCGUCCAACAGUUGACGGAAGAACACCUGGAGAUCGCCAGAGGCAAUAAACGAUUGGGAAAGGCGGAAUUGGAUUGGGAAGAUUACAAGAAAAUGGAAUUCACGCAAUGUGUGAUUAACGAGACGCUUCGGCUUGGAAACGUGGUGAGAUUUCUUCACAGAAAGGCACUGAAGGAUGUACGGUACAGAGGUUAUUUCAUUCCACGUGGAUGGAAAGUGCUGCCUGUGAUAUCUGCAGCGCAUUUGGAUCCUUCAGUUUUUUACCAACCUCACAACUUUAAUCCAUGGAGGUGGCAGCAAAUGAAUGGAUUGCCAUCGAGUGCGACGAUAACCAAUAACUUCAUGCCAUUUGGAGGCGGACCGCGACUAUGCACUGGUUCAGAACUAGCCAAGCUUGAAAUGGCCAUUUUUAUUCAUCAUUUGGUCUUGAACUACGAAUGGGAAUUGGUGGGUUCAGAUCAACCUUUUGCUUACCCUUUUGUUGACUUCCCUAAAGGUCUGCCAAUCAGGAUCCGCCACCACACUCUCGUGUAAUGACCGUGGUCGCACCUGAAUCUACCCUCCAGAAUUUAGAGGUUAAAAAAUGAUUUUAAAAAAUGGUUAAUAAUAUUCUUGAUUUAGUAGGGGGAUCAUUUCAUAAGCUACUACAUUGCUAAUGUAAAUUCAACAAGUCAUUCAGUAAUUAUUAAAAGAUAAGAUAAGAUAAGAUGGUUUUUCUUCUGUAUUUCAUUUCAUAUAGUUUCUAGUGAAAUAUUGCAUGCAUCUGUUGUGUGGCUUAUGGCACUUGUGCCCUUCCAUCAAUAUAUUACAUUUACCCUAA